ACAUCUUUAAAUCACUUGCAGCAGCAGAAUUCUAAACAGGAGGACACCGAUUCCCUAAGGAUGAGGCACAAACUGGCCAUUGGUUUCCUUCUGCUCGCUCAACUGCACAGUGUUCUGACUAAGUCCCAUUACACUCACCUGGGAACCCCUUGUCUUACUGAUUGUGAGAAAAAGAAUAAUAUAUACACAUGCACAAGUAUUCAGGGAGAUGGCCAUUAUGCUUCCAGUUAUUGUUCCCCUGAAGAAGGACUUGACUAUCAAGGAAGGAAAUGCAAGCAGGAUACACCAUGUAAUCAAUAUGGCUAUGGUUAUUACUGGUGUUACGUAGUAGGAUCAUUGACAGGCUGGGGUUACUGUGGAUUAGUGAAAACGUACUUGGAGCAUUUGACUGCAACAUACCACAUUCCCUGCAAGGAUCAAUGUGAUCAACGUGAAUCAACGUCUUAUUAUUGGUGUGAAACAUGGAAAGGUUGGGACUACUGCUCACCUGAACAAGGCUUGGACAUGUAUGGAAGAAGAUGCAAAUCGGACCAUCCCUGUGACUAUCAUGGUGACUCUACUAAAUACACAUGGUGCUAUUUAGAAAACGGUAGCUGGGAAAAAUGUGGGAAGGUGUAUGAGAGAGAUUUAUUAUACAUAAGCUCAUCAUACAAUCUCAUAUGUCAAGAUGAUUGCACCACAUAUGGUUACGAUUAUUUUUGGUGCAAUACUUUGAAAGGAUGGGACUACUGCUCUCCAGUUCCAGAUGUAACCUACAAAAAAGAACCAUGCAGGUCAGAUCACAAAUGUGGACUGAAUGAUGAGAGCUACAAUUGGUGCUGGACUGAGAAAAGCUGGGACUACUGUGGGCCUAUAGCAGAGGGGGAGUGUGCCUAUACUGUGCAGAACACAUUUAAAGAAUCUUCAGCAGAAACAGGAAUUAUCUGUACAAUCACAGAUAGAGGGAACAGGAGACAGGUAAUAUUUUUCAUGCAGGCUACUACUGAUUUGCUAUUUAGUGGACCCUACUUGAACACUGCUUACAUUCUCAUUUCUCGAUGGCAUAACAGUCUCCUGCCAGUUCAACCCCGAUCUGAACUACUUGUUGAAGGUUUUCUCCGCAUUGAUCUUCAAGGAUUUAUUGUCAGGGAAGAAAGGCGCUACUACAACCUCCAGAUACAAAUCAAUGGUCGAAGGCCUCCUGGACAAAGCACCAGUAUUGCCCAGAUUAUAAUUCCUACAGACCAAGAUAUUCCUGAAAGAUAUUUCCGCAGAGCAUUUACUGAGAGUCUACUUCAACAAGCUAGGGUUACAGUUGAAGUAAGAGAUUGUAGAAGCAACUGUUGAAAUGUGGAAUUUUUCCUUACUUAAUUGUUCAGAACAUACUUUAAAUUUGAUAAUCAUGUUUACAGAUUAUAAUCUUUAAAUAUAUAAUUAUAUUUACAGAAAAGUUUAAACAGGCUGCAUUUUAAGAUUACCGAAUUGAUCAAAAAUAACUUGAUGCAGGUUACACCUGAAAAAACCUGAGAAGGACUACUUGAAAGGCUCUUUCAAGGACUGCUCCAUUCCACAUAGGCAGUUUGAGACAUUUGCUAGGGAUAGUAUGCUUUUAAGAUAGACCAUAAUCGAAGGAAUCUGUCACUUUCAACAACAACAACCCAUCAACAAGAGGGGAAGAGACUGGCAUGACAUCACUAUUGACGCCAACCCACCACCCCUGGGGGACAAUUCCCCUGUCCAUCAUGUUUCCUGGUCCCCUGCUCACACACCAGAAUACACACAGGACAGGGAAUGACAAUGAUGGAAAAAUGGAUGGACAGCAUCAUCGUUGGAUCAAUGGAUGGGCAUGACUAAAUGCAGAGUACAGUGAAACUCUUAUGUGCUAAUCAAGAUACAACAUAUUGCCACUGUCCGGUGCCAAUGAUAACUGAGUAGGACUACCUAAUCUCAUAUAUAAGGUUCUCUGGAUUGCCCUUUACACCUAAGAUGAAUCUCUUUCUACUUGUCCACUUAAAAUAUGUACCUUGAUUUUCACUAGAGUUAGUCUUCUUUACACCUUGUGAUAAACGGCCGGCAGUUCAAUCCAGCCAGAACGUCCCUGAACUGAAAGAAUGGAGGAAGGCAGAAUUUUCAGGACACUGCCUCCUCCAGAACGAUAGGUGGCAGCUCCCUUGGAUGGUAGCUGUACCCCAGAUUCCCUUAGGGCAUCCUGGGACAUGGAGUCCAUUUCCUCAGCCCUGUUGGGUGCCGCCGGGGGAGCUCAUAAAGGACCUGGGGACUCUUGCUUUCCCUACAACCUGGAAGUACUUCGGAGUCAGGAGGACGGAAGCACACAGUACUUCCGAGCUGCUUAAAAACUGAUGAUGUGUUGUUUGACCCGGAAGAAGAGGAGGAGCACUUCCGGGUCAAGAAAUAUAUAAAGGAUUGGUCGAGACCCAGCAGGGGAAGCCGGAGUUGAGAGGGAGUGUGAUGGAGCUGCUGGGAGGAGAGGAUUGUAUUAUUGUGAUAAUUGAUUAUUUGAGUAUUGUGAAUUGUGGUGAUCGUGGUGCUUUGGGGCACUUUAUUUAAGAAAAUAAUUAAAAAUAUGCUUGGUGCUUUUAAACGUGUGUCCUGAACAUCUGUCUGUUGGGUUUCACUGGGUAACAGUGCCCUCUAGCGUCCACAACCUACAUAAAGUUAUCAAACUGGAUAAAAUUAAUGCUUAAA